CGCACUACUCCCUCUGCCUGACAAAACCAGUUCUCACGGACGGACAGACCGCGCAAGAUGGCUAACCGGGGCUACGAUGUCGUUGUAGAUGUGGAUGCUGAGGGCGACCUCGGUCAUACCGACCUUCAGGAAGACCUCGAAUUUCAUCCUUCCAACUUCGAGAACGACCAACGCAGCGCCAAAGCGCAACAAGACUCCGCGCCUUUCCUCGGCGGAAGUUCCUCUCGUGGCCGUGACAGGUCACCCGGAGGCACGCCGACCAAGCAUACCUGGUGGUCGAUCCACUACUACGCGCAGUUCUUUGACGUCGACACGAACGAGGUCCUGCGACGAUGCGUGGCGGCCGUUUACCCUCGCAGCAACUUCCUCGAUGUCCUGGAGGGCAACGCCGACCUGUACGGCCCGUUCUGGAUCGCGACAACCGUGGUGGUGAUUCUUUUCUUGACGGGGACUAUUUCGCAAUGGCUUUCGAAUAACGACGACGACCACUUUGAAUACGACUUCACGCUGCUUUCGGGCGCGGCAGGCUUGGUCUACGGAUACACGGGCCUUCUGCCCAUCGCUUUGUGGGGUGCCUUGCGCUGGUUCGGUAGCUCCACUGCCGACCUGAUCGAGUGCUGGGCGCUGUACGGAUAUUCGAACUUGAUCUGGAUUGCGGUCGCCCUGGUUAGCUGGAGCCCCCUGACUGCUCUCAACUGGGCCCUUGUCGGGGUCGGGUUUGGCUGGACCGUCUUCUUCUUGCUACGCAACUUGUAUCCUGUCCUGAGUGCCACGGAUGCGAAGGCGAGCAAGAUCCUGCUGGUCCUGGUCAUCGUGCUGCAUGCGGGUUUCGCCAUUGCCAUCAAGAUUUUCUUCUUCGCUCACGGAAGCCCCGUUUCGAAGAAGAACAAGGACCACGACGACGAUGAUCAUGACGACAAGAGACGGAUGUUGGGGAUUUAGGAAGAUCGAUUAUUCCCCAUCUCUGUUCUUCGCUGAUUUCGUCCUCAUCGAGCGCUGACUCCGCAUCGGAUGACUUUGCUCAGGCAGCAAUGUGAGCCAUCUUGAUACAUAGUCUCCCCGGGUGCUUUGCCGUUUUCCCUUUUCCCUGUUUGUCACUGCUCUUUCCAAACUGUAUCUGUAUCCACCUUUAGUUAUAAAGAUUAUGAGGAACUUUUUGAAUUUUACAAUUGUUUGAUUGCAGCUGUUUCCGAGAGGAGCCAACUAUUAACAUUUG